AUGGAGGUCCUCGUGGACCCUUGCCCUCUAGCUGUGGACCUCCUGACAGUUACCCCCAAACUGAAGAUCACCACUGAGCCCCCAGAGAUUCGUGAUCAUGCUCCUCAAAGAGUGAACCUGACUUGCCAUGUCAACCACUUCUACCCCCAAAACGUGCAACUCACCUGGGCUAAGAAUGGGUACAACAUCCUGACUCCUGGGCUCUCUCAGGCCACAAGAAACUCUGAUGGGACAUACUCUCUAAAGCACACAUUGCAGGUAGAAGCCAUAUCGGAUGGGAGCAUCUUUAGCUGCUUGAUGUACCAGUAUGAUGAGCAUCCACAGAGCAUCAGCAUCACCCUGGGAGCACAGGCCUCCAGUAAGGGCAGAGUUUUAGUUUUUGUAGUUGGGAAUUCUUUCAUCUCUCUGAAGGGUCCAGAACAGAGGACAGCCACUUCAAAUUCAGUGCCUUUUAACUGCACCGCGGGCCCUUUCAGCUCUCAGAACCUCAGUGUUAACUGGUUAAAGGACAACAAUGAACUUCCAGCCUCAGCCCCACAGCGGCUGCCUAUCAGCAAAGACGUUUACUCUGUCACAAGCAAGGCAUGGGUGGCAUUGGCCAAACAAGAUAUCUUUUCUCAGAUCACCUGUGAAGUCACCCAUGCGGAACUCGAUGAGCCCCUAAAAAUGACCAUCAAUAUUUCUCAAGUGCUCCUAGUUAUCCCCACACUGAAGAUCACCAUGGUCCGUGAUCAUGCUCAUCAAAGAGUGAACCUGACUUGCCAUGUAAACCACUUCUACCCCCAAAACUUGCAACUCACCUGGACUAAGAAUAACAACAAGAUCCUGACUCCUGAGCUCCCUCAAGCCACCAGAAACGCUGAUGGGACUUACUCUCUAAAGCACACCUUGCAAGAAGAUGACAAAUCGGAUGAGAGCACCUUUAGCUGCUGGGUGUUCCAGUAUGACCAGGUUCCACUGUGGGUCAACAUCACCUUGGGAGCACAGGCCUCCCAUAAGAACAAAGGAAGGAAGGACUACUCUAACCACCUUGAAGGCCCCCUGCAUCGGUUUUCAGCUGGCACAAGCAUCCAAUUGAAGUACGCCUGCUCUGAAUUGCCCACACGUCAGGUUACCGUGACCUGGCUCAAAAACAACCAUAGCUCUCUCCAGACACAGACCAAUGUCUUCUCCAGUGGAAAUACCUACAAUGUGACUAGCAGUGUGCUUGUCCCCCUGGAGAGUGAUGACAUACUAUCUUCAGUUCUCUGUCGGGUUGAGCACAAGUUAUCAGUGAUUUUCCUGAAGGUCAUCAACUUGGACCAGUACCUCCGUGUUCCUCCUACAGUGAGAGUGUCCCAGUCUUCAACUGUCUCUGGUGUGGUUGUUACUUGCCAUGUGGAGAGAUUCUAUCCACAGGAUGUGUAUCUCACCUGGCUAGAGGAUUGCCAUGUGCUCAGAAGAUUGGAGCAGCCUACACCUAAGAGGAAUAAGGAUGGGUCCUACACUCUGGAAAUCUCGAAGCCAAUAAACACAUCAGUGCAGAGGCCUGAUCGAGUACUCACUUGCAAGGUAGAACAUGAGGCCCAGCCUCCCAUCCAGGCCAGCAUCAUAUUGUCUACAGCAUCCUAUACCACAUCCAAAGCCAUUGGGAUCCUAAGUUCAGAGAAAUAUAUCCAUAUUUUUGUGGCUUCCCUCCUGUGCCUCAAGGGACUUCUGGUGCUGAUUGAGCUCCAAUGGAGAGAAGAUGCAAGGACCUGCUGGUGA